AUGCCAAUGCCCGCUCGGUCGCUCGUCUCUGUUCAAGCUGUUGGGACACAGCUGCGGUGCCAGUUGCCCCUUUUCGCCGCUCCUCGUCCAUGGGAGACUCUGGAAGACUUCACCAAGCUGGGCACAUACAUGUGCCUGUGUAUAUGCUCCUCUAAUGACAUGCAAAGCGCAGGAGUGAAAGUGAGCCAGGUCAGCAGAAACCACAUUAUUGAAGUGCAGGAUGCCGACUCCUCUGAGCGGGUCCUCAUGGACAUGCGCUGGGGCCUGGUUCCCUCCUGGUUCAAAAAGGACGACCCCUCCAAAAUGCAGUUUAACACCUCCAACUGCCGCAGCGAUACCAUGCUGAAGAAGUCCUCCUACAAGGGUGCUCUGCUCAAGGGCAAGCGCUGUGUGGUCCUGGCAGACGGCUUCUACGAGUGGCAGCAGUGCAGCGGGGGGGAGGAGCCAGGGGGCCCCCAGCCAUAUUUCAUUUACUUCCCCCAGACCAAGGAUGCCGAGGUACGGAGUCCUCACCGCGCCGAGGGGAAGGAGGAAGAUGAGGAAUGGAGGGGGUGGAGAUUGCUCACCAUGGCUGGGAUUUUCGACUGCUGGGAGCCGCCAGCGGGAGGAGAAGUGCUGUACACUUACACCAUCAUCACCGUGGAUGCCUCCAAGGACGUGAGCUUCAUCCAUCACAGGAUGCCAGCCAUCCUAGAUGGGGAUGAGGCCAUCAGGAAGUGGCUGGACUUCGCUGAAGUGCCAACCCAGGAAGCGGUUAAACUCAUCCAGCCCACGGAGAACAUCGUUUUCCACCCGGUGUCCACCUUUGUCAACAGCGUCCGCAACAACACGCCCGAGUGUCUCGCACCCAUCGAGCUGGGAGCCAAGAAGGAGGUCCAAGCCACCCCAAGCAGCAAAGUGAUGCUGGGCUGGUUAAAAAACUCCCAGGAGGGCUCUCCACAGAAGAAAGAAAAUGAUUUGCCCAGGUGGACGAGUCAGUUCAUCCACAGCCCUUCGCCCAAGAAAACCAGUGCCGGUAUCCUGCAGCAGUGGCUGGGGAAGGAGGGAGAGCCGGCUGCGAAGAAGCGCAAGGCUUAG